UAAAAACUUCAGAUGAAAAACUAAAACUGCUUAAAUAUUUGUUUUCUUUUUGAGCAAGAGUUUUCUUUUUUACAACUUGAAACAUUUUUGUUUUUAUAUCUCUUAGAUGGACAUAGAUCAUGUUUAUAGAUGUCUGGAUAUAGUCAGGAUACAGUUCAUCUGAGUGCUUCAGGAAAGGACACUGUUAUCCAUAGUUUUUGUGCUGUUUUUUUAACCACACUGAAGCUGUGAUUAUUUGCUAUUGGGAUUUUGUUACUGCCUGAAGAUGUACAGGCGUCGGGAUUAUGUUGAACUCUAUGAGAAGGAUCUGGCUAAAUGGGCUCUUCUGCGAAAUGUCAACACUGUGGUGAAACAUAGCACACUGCUGCCGGGCGACUAUGUCUGGUUAGAUCCAAAGAGCGGUCGUGAGUUCGAGGUGCCAAUUGGCGCAGUGGUCAAACUAUGUGACUCAGGACAAAUCCAGGUGUUGGACGAUGAAGGAAAUGAACACUGGAUCUCACCUCAGAAUGCCACAAAUAUUAAGCCAAUGCAUCCCACCUCCAUUCAUGGAGUGGAGGACAUGAUCCGAUUAGGAGAUCUCAAUGAGGCUGGCAUCCUCCGAAACCUGCUCAUCAGAUACAGAGAAAAACUCAUAUAUACCUAUACAGGCUCUAUCCUGGUAGCUGUUAAUCCAUAUCAGCUGCUGCCGAUCUACACUGCUGACCAGAUCAGGCUUUAUACCAACAAGAAGAUUGGAGAAAUGCCACCACACAUCUUUGCCAUCGCAGACAACUGCUACUUCAACAUGCAGAGAAACAACAAAGAUCAGUGCUGUAUUAUCAGUGGUGAAUCUGGAGCAGGAAAAACAGAGAGCACUAAACUCAUCCUUCAGUUCCUUGCAGCCAUCAGUGGACAGCAUUCAUGGAUAGAGCAGCAGGUGCUAGAGGCCAACCCUAUUUUAGAAGCUUUUGGUAACGCUAAAACAAUCCGCAAUGACAAUUCAUCACGUUUUGGAAAGUACAUUGACAUCCAUUUUAACAAGAGAGGAGCCAUAGAAGGAGCAAAGAUUGAGCAAUAUCUCCUAGAAAAAUCCAGAGUUUGUCGACAGGCCUAUGAUGAGAGAAACUACCACAUUUUCUAUUGCAUGUUAAAAGGCAUGACCCCAGAUGAAAAGAAGAAACUUGGUCUAAGCAAAGCCACAGAUUACAACUACUUAACUAUUGGAAAUUGUACAGUGUGUGAUGGACGUGAUGACCUGAAAGAGUAUUCCAACAUUCGCUCUGCAAUGAAGGUAUUGAUGUUUACAGACAAAGAAAACUGGGAAAUUUCAAAACUACUCGCUGCUAUUUUGCACAUGGGGAAUCUACAGUAUGAAGCACGUAAUUAUGAUAACCUGGAUGCUUGUGAGGUGGUCCGAAGUCCUUCUCUUACAACAGCAGCUACACUGUUGGAGGUGGAUUUUAAAGACCUGCAGAACUGCCUGACAAGUCGAACACUGAUCACACGUGGGGAGACUGUGUCCACACCUUUGAACAUGGACCAAGCCCUGGAUGUCCGAGAUGCUUUUGUUAAGGGUAUCUAUGGCCGCUUGUUUGUCUGGAUUGUGGAGAAGAUUAAUGCUGCCAUCUACAAGCCCCCAUCUAUGCAGCCUAAGUUUAUUCGCCGGUCUAUCGGGCUGUUGGACAUCUUUGGCUUUGAGAACUUUGCUGUCAACAGCUUCGAACAGCUUUGUAUCAACUUUGCCAAUGAGAAUUUGCAGCAGUUCUUUGUGCGACAUGUCUUUAAGUUGGAGCAGGAAGAGUACAACCUUGAAAAUAUCAACUGGCAGCACAUUGAAUUUACAGAUAAUCAGGACGCUCUGGAUAUGAUUGCCAUCAAACCAAUGAACAUCAUCUCACUGAUCGAUGAAGAAAGUAAAUUUCCUAAGGGCACAGAUGCCACAAUGCUGAACAAGUUGAACUUUCAGCACAAGCUCAACACCAACUACAUUCCACCUAAGAACAACUACGAGACCCAGUUUGGGAUCCAGCACUUCGCAGGAGUGGUCUACUACGAGACAAAAGGUUUCUUGGAGAAAAACCGGGACACACUUUAUGGGGACAUAAUACAGCUGGUGCAUUCUUCUAAAAACAAAUUCAUCAAACAAAUCUUCCAGGCCGAUGUUGCUAUGUUUCUGUGCAGUUAUGCUCCUGCUAGUACAGUGUGUGCUCCUGCCAAAAGUCUUCCUAAGGGGGCAGAGACCAGGAAGCGCUCACCCACCCUGAGCAGUCAGUUCAAACGAUCUCUGGAGCUGCUCAUGAGAACGCUGAGUGUGUGUCAGCCCUUUUUUGUACGCUGCAUCAAACCUAAUGAAUACAAGAAGCCUAUGUUGUUUGACAGGGAGCUGUGUGUGCGCCAGUUGAGAUACUCUGGGAUGAUGGAGACGAUUCGUAUCCGUCGGGCAGGGUAUCCUAUCCGCUACACUUUUGUUGAGUUUGUUGACCGCUACCGGGUCCUAAUGCCGGGAGUUAAACCAGCGUACAAACAGGAGGACCUCAGGGGAACGUGUCAAAGAAUCGCUGAGGCUGUGCUGGGCAGAGAUGAUGAUUGGCAGAUGGGAAAGACCAAGAUCUUCCUCAAGGAUCACCAUGACAUGCUUCUGGAGAUUGAGAGGGACAAAGCGAUCACAGACAAAGUUAUUCUCAUCCAAAAGGUGGUGAGAGGUUUUAAAGACAGGUCAAACUUCCUGAGGAUGAGGAAAUCAGCAGUGCUCAUUCAGAAGACAUGGAGGGGCUACCAAUGCAGAAAGAACUAUGGCGCUAUGCGUGCCGGCUUCUCUCGUCUACAAGCUCUGGUCAGAUCCAGGAAGUUGUGUGCCUCAUAUCAUGUUGCCCGUCAGCGAAUCACAUGCUUCCAGGGUCGUUGCCGAGGUUACCUGGUGCGGCGGGCUUUUAGACACAGACUGUGGGCUGUCAUCACCAUCCAGGCCUACACCAGAGGCAUGAUCGCCCGCCGGCUGUACAAGAGACUGAAGGGAGAGUAUCAAAGAAGGCUGGAGGCAGAGAAGAUGCGUCUUGCUGAAGAGGCCAAAUUGAGGAACCAGAUGUCUGCCAAAAGAGCCAAGGAGGAGGCUGAGCGCAAGCACCAGGAGCGUCUGGCUCAGCUGGCCAAAGAGGAUGCUGAACGAGAGAAGAAGGAGAAGGAGGAGGCACGUAAGAAAAAGGAGCUGGUAGAUCAGAUGGAGAAAGCUCGACAAGAGCCCGUCAAUGACUCGGACAUGGUGGACAAGAUGUUUGGGUUUCUGGGAACAACAAGCUCCCUCCCAGGGCAGGAAGGACAAGCCCCUACAGGGUUUGAGGAUUUGGAGCGAACAUACCAUGAGCUUGAGGAAGAGGACCUGGAUGAGGCCCUUCCUUUGCCUGACGACGAUGAUGAGGAGGAUCUGUCUGAGUACAAGUUUGCUAAAUUUGCUGCAACCUAUUUUCAAGGGAACACCACUCACACCUAUGUUCGCCGGUCUCUAAAGCAACCACUGCUCUUUCAUGAUGAUGAAGGAGAUCAGCUGGCUGCUUUGGCAGUGUGGAUCACAGUGCUAAGGUUUAUGGGGGAUCUGCCUGAGCCGAAGUAUCACACAGCUAUCAGUGAUGGCAGUGAGAAGAUCCCAAUUAUGACCAAAAUCUAUGAGACACUAGGCAAGAAAACAUAUAAACGAGAGUUGGCUGCACUGCAGGGAGAGGGCGAGAACACUCCAACUGAAACCCCGAAGAAGAACAGUGUGCGACACAAACUUGUGUCUUUGACUCUUAAGAAGAAAUCCAAGAUCACAGAGGAGGUCACUAGGCGCCUCAACGAUGGCGAGCCUGGUCUCCAUGGUAACAGCAUGCUUGAAGACCGCCCCACGUCGAAUUUAGAGAAACUUCACUUCAUCAUUGGAAACGGCAUCCUGAGACCAGGACUCAGAGAUGAAAUCUACUGUCAGAUCUGUAAACAGCUGAGUCAAAAUCCGUCUAAAAGCUCCCAUGCUCGUGGUUGGAUUCUUAUCUCAUUGUGUGUUGGAUGUUUUGCCCCAUCUGAAAAAUUUGUCAAGUAUUUGAGGAACUUCAUUAACAGUGGACCUCCUGGUUAUGCCCCAUAUUGUGAGGAGAGGCUGAGAAGAACUUUCGUCAAUGGAACAAGAACACAGCCUCCAUCAUGGCUGGAGCUACAGGCCACCAAGUCCAAAAAGCCCAUUAUGUUGCCAGUGACCUUUAUGGAUGGCACCACCAAAACACUCCUCACAGACUCAGCGACCACGGCCAGGGAGCUGUGUAAUGCCCUGUCCGACAAAAUUAACCUCAGAGACCGCUUUGGCUUCUCCCUCUACAUCGCCCUCUUUGACAAAGUGUCUUCUUUGGGUAGUGGUAAUGACCACGUCAUGGACGCUGUGUCACAAUGUGAACAGUAUGCCAAAGAGCAGGGCGCACAGGAGAGGAACGCCCCCUGGAGGCUGUUUUUCAGAAAGGAGAUCUUUACGCCAUGGCACUCUCCCACUGACGACCAGGUGGCCACAAAUCUCAUCUAUCAACAAAUCGUUCGUGGAGUCAAGUUUGGAGAAUACCGCUGUGACAGGGAUGAUUUGGCAGAGUUGGCCUCACAGCAGUACUAUGUGGACUAUGGUUCAGAGAUCCUCCUGGAGCGUCUUCUGAGCCUCAUCCCCUCCUACAUCCCAGACCGUGAGAUCAGUUCCUCUAGAGGGGUUGAGAAGUGGGCUCAUUUUAUCAUGGCCGCCCACAAAAAGAGUAUCUACACUCAGAAAAGGUUUGAUUCUCUCAAAGUGAAGGAGGAAGUAGUGGACUUUGCUCGACACAAAUGGCCACUUCUUUUCUCACGGUUUUAUGAAGCUUUUAAGUUUUCAGGGCCUAGUCUGCCUAAAAAUGACCUGAUUGUGGCUGUGAACUGGACUGGGGUGUACUUUGUGGAUGAGCAGGAGCAAGUCCUUCUGGAGCUCUCUUUUCCUGAGAUCACUGCAGUCUCCAGCAGCAAGGGAGGAAAGCUACAGGGCCAGAGUUUCACCAUGGCCACCAUUAAAGGUGAAGAGUACACAUUCACAUCCAACAAUGCUGAGGACAUCCGAGACUUAGUGGUCACUUUCCUGGAAGGACUAAGGAACCGGUCCAAGUUUGUAGUGGCUCUGCAAGACAACCCCAACCCCACUGGAGAGGACUCAACAUUCCUCAGUUUUCAGAAAGGAGACUUGAUUCUGUUGGACCAGGACACAGGGGAGCAGGUCCUGAACUCUGGUUGGGCUCAUGGGGUCAAUGAGCGAACUAAUAAAAAAGGGGACUUCCCUGCAGAUUGUGUCUAUGUCCUUCCGACUAUGACCCGACCACAGCAAGAGAUAGUGGCACUGGUUACCAUGACACCAGACCAGCGGCAAGAAUCGGUCCGUGUGUCUCAGUUCAUGAUGCCAGAGACCGACGAGAGACUGAAACCGUACACACUGGAGGAGUUCUCAUAUGACUACUUUAGGCCUCCUCCGAAACAUACCCUAAGCAGAGUGAUGGUUACCAAAAAUCGUGGGAAGGACAAGAUGUGGAGCUGUACAAGGGAACCACUCAAACUGCCUCUACUCAAGAAAGUGGUCAACCAUGAAGAGCUGUCUCAAGAAGCCUGCAUGGCCUUUAUUGCCAUGAUGAAGUAUAUGGGUGACUAUCCAUCAAAACGGACGCGCUCAGUGAAUGAAUUAACAGAUCAGAUUUUUGAAGGAGCGUUAAAGGCUGAACCACUGAAAGAUGAGAUAUACUGCCAGAUUAUUAAACAGCUCACAGACAACCAUGUCAAGUAUAGCGAGGAGAAGGGCUGGGAGCUGUUAUGGCUGUGCACUGGUUUAUUCCCUCCCAGUAAUGUGCUACUGCCUCAUAUCCAGCGCUUUCUGCAGUCCAAGAAGCACCACCCACUGUCCACAGACUGCAUGCAAAGAGUGCAUAAAGCUUUACGUAAUGGAUCCAGGCAGUACCCUCCUCAUUUGGUGGAAGUUGAAGCUAUUCAACACAAAACAACACAAAUUUUUCACAAGGUCUACUUCCCUGAUGAUACAGAUGAGGCAUUUGAGGUUGAGUCCAGCACAAAAGCAAAAGACUUGUGUCAGAACAUUGCAACGAGACUGCUUCUCAAAACUCCAGAGGGCUUCAGUUUGUUUGUCAAGAUCUCAGACAAGGUGAUCAGUGUACCACAGGGAGACUUUUUUUUUGAUUUUGUGAGACACUUAACCGACUGGAUCAAGAAAUCUCGACCAGCUAAAGAUGGUAUUGUUCCAUCACUUACGUAUCAGGUGUUUUUCAUGAAGAAGUUAUGGACAACCACUGUUCCUGGGAAAGACUCCUUUGCUGAUUCAAUUUUCCACUACUAUCAGGAGCUGCCCAAGUAUCUGCGGGGUUACCACAAAUGUUCCAGAGAGGAAGUUUUCCAGCUUGCAGCUCUGAUCUACCGAGUUAAGUUUGAAGAUGACAAAUCACAUUUUCCUACAAUUCCCAAAAUGCUCAGGGAGUUGGUGCCUCAGGAUCUAAUUCGCCUAAUGUCGCCAGAUGACUGGAAAAGGUCAGUAAUUGCAUACUUUAACAAACAAGCGGGUAAAUCAAGAGAGGAAGCAAAACUAAUGUUCCUGAAGACCAUUUAUAAAUGGCCCACUUUCGGAUCUGCUUUCUUUGAGGUCAAGCAAACCACAGAGACCAAGUAUCCAGAGAUUCUGCUAAUUGCCAUCAACAAGCAUGGAGUUAGUCUCAUUGACCCAAAGACUAAGGACAUCUUGACGACUCAUCCUUUCACUAAUAUUUCCAACUGGAGCAGUGGGAACACAUACUUCCAUAUCACCAUUGGCAACCUGGUUAAAGGAAGCAAGCUGCUCUGUGAGACGUCGCUGGGCUACAAGAUGGAUGACCUGCUGACCUCUUACAUUAGCCAAAUGUUGACCACUAUGAACAAACCGCGCUCAGCGCGAGGCCAUAGCAAGUGAACUUCUUACUGGCAGGAGGCCCGUGAGCUUGUCCGAAUGUUGCGUCCUAUUGGCCAGUACUGCAGCUGGGGGCGGACCUUUUCCCAACAGCUGUGGAGGAUGAGCCGCAGUCCUUCUGCUAGCUCGGAAAGUUCAAAACUCACCGUGGAGAGCUCCGCUGAGAGCAGCGACCCCGGCGAAGGCCCGAGUCACUACUACAGCAGCAGCUGCACCAGGGAGGAAGAGGAGAAUGAGGAGGAAGAGUCCAGUGAGGACGACUACCUCUGACAUGUCCAGACUGGUUGGAGCAGAGGAGGCGCUGCUUGAUCAAUGUUUUUGUCUCUCAAAGAGAAUGUAAAUCUUACCUUAAGUGAACUUCAGCAGAGUGUCAUUUUUCAUUUCAAGUUAAAGCACAAUACAACAAAAAGCUGAAUACACUUCUUCGGUUUAAAUGGCUGUUAAUAUGUGUAUAGUUUUAUGAGACGUUUACUCUAAUCACUACAUUAGAAUAUUAUCACUAAUUUAUUUGUUCAUCUGCCUUUUGUUAUAAUAAUACCUCUAUUAAGGUACCUAUGCUGAGAAAGGGAAAAGUUAAAGGUCAAAAUAAAAAAGGUUAAAAUUCAUAUUUUCAAGUGGUCAAAAGCUAGUGAUAACCGUAUUUAAGUUUCAAUACGUUGCCUUAAGUUUUUAGGUCAAGGGUUUGGAAAUGAACCAGGCCACCAACACAUUUGUAUGUAUUUUGGUACUGAAAAUAUGAAUGCCUUUGGUUUUGUAUUGUCCUUUUCUU